CCAAGAGUCAUGAUGCACGAAUAUCUAGAUAGGAUGCUUUCGAUCCAAAAGUAUUUGAAGCUGUCUUCAAGUGUAAAGGUAUUUGUGACGCUGUUCAUGAUAUCAUGAUGUCGUAUGUAUAUGCAUAUGCUUUGCAAUGAAUACAUGACACUUGUCACAACGAAGUGUGAAUCGAGAAUAAAAGGAACGUUACAUCAUGGAUGGUGAUCAAACGAAAAACGCAAACUCUCAAUUUAUAUCCUUCCACGAUUUUCCAACGAUAAGCCAUGCCAGCAAUUCUGAAGGACAGCUAAACACUGGGACUUCCACUCAUCAGCCUUUCAAUAACCUGUCAAAUGAUUCUACUGGUAUCGGCAUCAUAGAAGAUCUACAAGGAAUUCCCGAUAAAACCAACGCUGCUCAACGCAACUUUUGGACAGUCGAAUAUUAUCAAAAAUUCUUUAACGUCAAUACAAACGAUGUAUUGGAAAGACUCAAGCGAUCCAUGAUACCACACGGUAGCGAUAAUUAUCUUAUAACGCACAUAAGACCAAACCCAGACUUGUAUGGACCCUUCUGGAUAUGUGUGACUUUGGUAUUUUCCAUUGCAAUCAGCGGGAAUAUGGUAAACUAUUUGCAAACUGCCAAUUCUGCCAAGUAUCAUUGGAAAUACGAUUUUCAUGUCGUUUCAUACGCAGCCACUUGUAUAUUUUUAUAUGCAUGGCUUCUACCAUUAGCUCUAUGGGGUGCAUUAAAAUGGACAUAUAGUUCCAGAAAUACGGAAGAAGAACUAAUUGAGUCUUACGCUGCCCCAGGACUUUUAGAGCUUUUAUGUCUAUAUGGAUAUUCCUUAAGCAUUUAUAUCCCGAUGGCUUUUCUAUGGGCAAUUCAAAUUGGCUGGUUACAAUGGAGUCUAGUCAUACUAGCAACAUUUUUAUCUGGAGGUGUUUUGUUACGAUCAUUGUUACCAGUGAUUGCAGGUAAACAUAGAAUUAUAUAUAUUGUCGUAAUUCUGGGUAUGCAUUUACUGCUAGCAGCAGGGUUUAUGUUGUAUUACUUCCAUGCAUCUAAGAACACCGUAUCAGCCGUGGCUGGACUAUUAGCUUCCUCUACGCAAACCAAUGUGCUACAUAAAAUAGCACAAAAUAAUAGUUAUGUAGGAUCUACAUCAUCUUAAAACGUCUCUAGAUGCAGAUCUGACUGUAGAGCGAUCUUUGUGACUAUCAGGAAGAAAUUUGUCUAUAUUUGCGUAUGUAUAUCGGAUAUUAUUUCAUUUAAAAGAAUAUAAUAUAUAGCGCCGAUUUUUUUUAUAUAUACCAAUCAAUGAAUAAAUA